ACCCUCCCCUCCCAUUCCGCCUCCCGUUGUUUCUAACUAUGGCAGCUGCAGCUGCUGCCGCUGCUGCAUCGGGUGCCACCGCGCCAGCCACGCAUCACGCCGACCACCCCAUGAACGCCCUCCACUCCACCGCCCUUCGCCGCUCCGCCCUCCACUGGGACGCCGCCGCCGCCUUCUUCUCCCCGCCCUUCCGCUCUCGCCGCUGCCACCUACGCGUCUUGCUCCCUCCUGCUGCGGCGCUGCCCGCCAAGUCCCGCUCCAGGGCCAAGGCCAAGCUCCUGGCGGACGCGGGGGCUGUGGACCCUUGGCUCGCCUCCCUCUCCCUGCUCCCCGCCGACAGCGGCGACGCCGCCGCCGCCCCCGCCCCCACCGGCUGGGCGAUUGGGAUCGAUCCAGACACUCGCGGCGCCAUCGCCGUUCUCACACCCGACGGCUCCUCUCAGGUGUUCGAUAACCCGUUCGUGAACAUAAUGGUGUCGGAGCUCACCCGGAAGCGCUUAGACACCAGGUCCAUCAUACAGCUUCUCCGAGGCCUUGAUGCGCCUCCAGGAACUACGGCGUACAUUGAGAAAUCAAGUCCAUUUCCAACCGAUGGAAAGCUGGGAUGGUGGAGUACAGGUUUUUCGUAUGGCUUGUGGAUUGCUGCUCUAGUGGCAUCUGAAUUUUCUGUUGUGCCGGUUGCAUCACAGACAUGGAAAGCGUACUUUGGGCUAACUCGAAGUGCAUCACCUAAGGAUGAUAGCAGACGAGCUGCUACAAUCUUGUUCCCGGAUAAGGCUCUGUCCCUCAAGUUGAAGAAACAUCACGGGCGAGCAGAGGCUCUUCUGUUAGCGGCCUAUGGAAAAGGACUCGUGCUACCAUCAGAGAAGUUCAUCAAAACACAAAGAGUGCUCAAGCAAGAAAUCAACUUGACAUUGACAGGGAUGCCUGAUUGAAUCAUCAAUAAUUAUUAGUUGGUAUUGACAAGUGCUGCAAAAUAAUUUGGUUAUUCACAGGAGCCAUAUCAUGUACUCCCUCCGUUCCCAAAUACUCCCUCCGUCCGGAAUUACUUGUCAUAUCAAUGGAUAAAAUGAUUGUAUCUAAAACUAAAAUACAUCUAAAUACAUCCAUUCAUAUGACAAGUAUUUUCGGAUGAAAAGAGCAUAAGUCUUUUUAGAGAUUUCAAUAUAGACUACAUGCAGAUGUAUAUGGACAUAUUUUAGAAUGUAGAUUCACUCAUUUUGGUCUGUAUGUAGUCUUUUAUUGGAAUCUAUAAAAAAAACUUAUAUUUAAGAAGGAGGGAGUACCUAGUAACUCGACAGAGAUCUUAAGUUCUUAACUAUCUUCACGGAGUGCAUUAUUGAUCUACCGUAGAGUUUAACAAGCUAGUGUACAUUGACCGUGAAUAUUGUUAACUUUUGGCGACUGAGAAGUGAGACAAUUGUAUUGAUUUAAUUUAUAUGAUCAGUUAUGCUCAUUUUAAAGGUA